AUGACGCGAUUUCCGUAUACGCCUCAGCUGUUCUGGUCGAGAACGUGUUCACUUCACAAUGGCUUCUUUGGCUGCGAGUACUCUCUCCCGCCAGCCACAGUGCCCUACUCUACCUACUUCCGCAUGGCCGUAAAGUCACCCAAGAACCAAGGCUUACCCGAUUACGAUUCUCCGCACGGAUCUCUUGCCUACGAAUGGUCCGAGAUGGGCUUUCUGUCCUCUUCCUCUACUAGUCGGAACAUCUUGAUCUGCUUCAAUGUGCCUGAUAGUGUUAUCGUUGGACUCCAGGAAUCUUUGCCAACAAUGCUACAGGACUUGCAAGGGCCCUAUGCAUUGCAUAUACCAUUGUUGGAGCAGCUGACCAUGCUAUACGAUAUGAGUAUUGGGCACGUCCAAGGCACAGUCGCAAGCAUAGAAGAGGCAGUCUUGAAGCUCGCAAGUGAGAACGACAGGAUUGUCGAUCUAGAUGACCCACCAUCAAAAAGACGGAAAGAACAACUCGCAGCCGUCUUCGAGAUAUCACGCCACGCGACUCAACUGGUAGAGACGACGCAAAUGGCAGUCGACACAGUCGAUCGCAUGAGAGUCGAGUGCGAAAGCUUUGCUGCAGCACAGAAGACGCCAGACAGGACGCUUGCACAAAGGGCUCGGAGACUUGCUUUCGUACACAGCAUGGUUAAAGGCCUGACUGCUCGCGCCGUGACUAAUGAGAAGAGACUGGCUAAUGAGCAAAGCUUGCUGUCGAAUUUGAUCGCUCAGGACAACAGUGAGAUUCUACAGCGACUAGCUGCCGCGAACAACGAUGAGUAUUAG